AUGAAUUGGACUAGAGGAAAAACCAUAGGCCGUGGCUCAUCCGCCACCGUUUACGCCGCCACGUGUAAAAUAUCCGGCGAAACAUUCGCCGUGAAAUCCGCUGAGUUUCAUCGGUCGGAGUUCUUGCAAAGAGAAGCCAAAAUCCUCUCUUCUUUAAAUUCUCCUUACGUUAUCGGAUACAGAGGAUGCGAAAUUACGAAAGAGCCCUUCAACGACGGAGAAGCUACUUACAAUCUUCUCAUGGAGUACGCACCGCACGGAACGUUGACCGACGUGGCGGCCAAAAACGGCGGUUCCAUCGAGGAGGCUCGAGUCUCGAGGUACACGCGCCAGUUACUUCUUGGAUUGGAGUAUAUUCAUGAUUCAAAGGGAAUCGCGCAUUGCGACAUUAAAGGAAGCAACGUGCUUGUCGGAGAGAACGGAGAGGCCAAGAUCGCUGAUUUCGGAUGCGCCAAAUGGGUUGAACCGGAAUUAACCGAACCGGUUAGAGGAACUCCGGCGUAUAUGGCUCCAGAGGUGGCGCGUGGAGAGAGACAAGGGAAGGAGAGUGAUAUUUGGGCGGUGGGUUGUACGGUGAUAGAGAUGGUUACCGGCUCUCCGCCGUGGAUAUGUGCGGAUUCGACAGACCCGGUUUCGGUUCUGUACCGGGUCGGGUAUUUGGGUGAGUCACCGGAGCUGCCUUCCUCGCUUACGGAACAAGCAAAGGAUUUUUUGGGAAAGUGUUUGAAAAUAGAAGCCAAGGAGAGAUGGACAGCGACUCAAUUAUUAAACCAUCCGUUCUUAUUAACCAAAACGAACACGGAACCGGUAUUGAUAACCGGUUUGGUGACGAACUCACCGACAAGUGUGACGGACCAAAUAUUCUGGAGAUCAGUGGAAGAGGAAGAGGAUGAUCUGGACCGUCCAAGCUGGUGGGAAUGUCACGAGGAGAGAAUUGGAGUGCUAAGCUGGAUUGGUCAGGUUGUGGCGGAUCCCACAUGGGACAUGGACGGUGCGGAUUGGAUCACGGUUCGACGGAAUAAUGAUUAGUCGGUCACAUGAGGAAGUGUUGAUUAUUUGAGUUAGGGCAAAUUGUUUUAGUCUUAGAAGAUGGAUAGGUUUUAAGUAAAUUGAAGUUUUGAAAUUUGAGUGAAUGUAGUAGGUGAUAGUAGAAGUUGAGGUUUUAAGAAAUUCAUGUACAUUUACUGAUUCAUCAUUUUUUUUAUUCCCAUUGUUCCAAAUU